CUGUAUUACUAAUAUAAGCCGCAUACUAACUUCAGAAACUUCCAACAAAAAAAUACCUUAUUUAAAAUAUAAUUUUCGGUCACUCUAUUUGCUGCCAACCAAAACAUUGAAAGAAAUUUAUAAUAACAAUAGGAGAAUCUUUCUUAUGGCGGAUUUUCAAGAACAAUUACGACAAUAUAGACAACAGAAGCAGAGAAGAGAAACAUUGGACAAAUUCAAAAUCAAACUACGUAAAUUUUGGAUGCUUGGAACUGGCGCAGAGACAAGUCAAGGAAGAGACUACACUUCCAUCGACGUCAAGCCAGUGAGAAAGUUAAGCACCGAUACCUUUUCCAUCAGCGAAGAGACAGAGGAGUUUGUGGCAUCCAGCGAAGAUGACGAGCUGGCGUCUCAGGGCAACGUCAUUGCUGACGUGCGAAAGGAGAGCAAAGGCUUGAAGUACGCUCUUUGGGGUGUUUACUUUCUCUUCUGGGUUACGUUAUAUGUGAUAGCUAUUGAACUUAAAUUUGGUCUGGUCUUUUUAAUGUUUUCCGCACUGUUUGGAAUUUACUUUAAUACCCGAACGGGGCCAAAGAAGUCCAAUGAAAUGAGCGCCUACAGUGUAUUCAACAAGAACUGUGAAAGUAUAGAUGGUACACUUAAAGCAGAGCAAUUUGAAAAAGAAAUUCGAUAUGGUUCUGGGAGUGUGAGAUGAGUGCACUAUUUAAUUUAAAUUUUUUUACCAAUUACAUCCAAAGUCUGACUGUGAAAUUGUUCUUCUCUAAUAAAGUUUACUUACCAAAAUAA